AGGCUCGCGCCCGCCUGAACCAGCGGAACCAGUCAGCCAGCUGCUGCUCGGGGGACAUUCCUGUCUUGUCUUCUGCAACUUCAGCCCGCAGACAGACACCGGCAGGGACUGACUCAGUCGGAGGACGUGAGCUGGGUCCAUUUUGAGAGGAAUUUACCCGGUUAGACUUGAAAGGAUGUGGAGCGCCAUUCCUCCUCCCAGACCUCGCUGAAACUUUUCACGGUCAACACCAAAACAGCGGAGAGGCAGGCGGAGGACCCGGAGCCCCGUGUUUCGGUCACCGGAGACGAUGGGAGACUUUUACUAGAUUCACCCCAAGACGGAGACACCAUGGCUGUGGACGGUGAGACGCUUUUUUGUUACAUACUGUUUGAAAAUUCGUCGAAAUGUUUUCUCAAAAAGGCGAAUGGAAACUUGAACCAGGCAUUGGGUCAUUUGUUUAAACCAAUACUCGUGUAACCGGUUUUCCAGGUAUGUUGGUGGUCUAGUAACCAAACAUUUACUCUAUUCUCUGCAAAACAUAAUGUCAAACAUUAACUUUGCACCUUUUCACGAACCCAAAAAAUGCCUGAAAUAUACAUCUUGUAAAGGACCACUUUAGAAGAAGUGUGUUUAAACGCUUAAAAGGUUAUUCUUGAGAUUUCAUUGGCAUAAGAAGGUUUUAAGGUGGUCUUCUAAGGGGCAGUGACCUGGUGCUGAAAUGGACAGCGCUCCAGAAGAGACCAGUCUGAGGAUUUCUCUGCUGUGGUGAUCAGUGUCUGCAAAGCCUUAAUUUCCCCUUCAUGUGACAGCUCCAUUUUGAAGCCCUUUGAAUUCACGUGAUUUGCAUCCUGAAUUCAUCAAGCUAUAUUAAAAGAGACAGAGAAGCUUUAGUCGAAGCCCCCAGAAAGCUUAAGACUGCUGUAUAGUCUUAAGGCAAAAUACCAAAUCAAACAUAUGGCAAGCAGACGAGACACUUCACAGCAUGUUUAGUAAGAUUUGUGUCCAUGAAAGACUUCUCCCAUCCAGUGUUGGCAGUUUAUAAGAGUGUUAGUUAAUGAGCACUUUUUUCCUCUCAUAAAUAGGCAAAGCUAGAGGAGGGGAAAAAACCUCAAGCCUGACAAGUGGUCUUAAUUAUCUGUAUUUAAUCUGGGAAGGGGCCAUAUUUGUGUUUACAGCUGCAGCCUAAGGGAGCAGUUCCACUAUGAAGGGGAGUUCAUACAUAUAAAUUCUCCGAGUUACACCUCAAAGAAACCUAAAAUUCGCAUCCAGAGUUUUAUUCAUAAUAUUCUGAAGCGGCUGGUUUUUCCUUGAUGAUUGCAGGACUCGGCUCUGCUGCAAUCUCAGCAGGGGGAGACGUUGAAUGACAGAAAAGGGAGGCACAAAGCUAGAAAACCAAAAGACACCCUUUCAUCUCCUCAAACUCCUCGUCUCCCUUGACGGUGUCUUUCGUUCUGUCCUCUUUUCAAAUUCUCUUAGUCAAUUUAAGAGACUGAAAAGGAGCACAGGCGCACGUACACACAAACAGACACAGCUGUACGCGUAGCUUCAAACACAGUAAGAGAAGUUGUCCAAUCUGGCACAUGAAUCAGUAAUGACCUGUGGCUCUCUGCCAGGAUCUCAGAGCCAAAAACAGCGUGUUUACUGUAGUUCCACACUUUCUUUAAUUACUGGAUGUUGGGCAGCCACCUGCUGUUGAGUGGGUUUGGAUGUCUGCCCACAGGCCGCCUUGUAAUGAUGAGAAAGUGGAUCGUCUCACAGCUUUGACAUUUCCCUACAAGCUCUGCACAAAGUAAUCGUUGCACCUGAACUGUGACAAACCGAAAUUACAGGGAGCUUGUCCAGACUCAGAUAACUUGUUUCCUGAGUAACAGCAGAGCAGGUACAAGCACGCACUGAGAAAUUAGAUCCCCCUUGAAUGACAUGGUGUCCAGGUGGGUUCAUCUCUGUCUUUUGUUUCCAUGUCACGCAGAGUGAGGGUGGUUAUUUGCUGAUUGUGUCUCUUGCUGCUUUACAUCAUCAGUGCUUACAUGCAGAUCCGGCUGUCUGAUCAUUACCCUUCCCGCUUUGAUCUUUCCAGCGGCAUCCAGUUUUAGUUUCUGCAGGCCGGCUGUGGAGUACAGAGCCCUGCCUGAGGACUUCAAGCACCAGCUGAGUCGACGAACAGGUGGGAAUCUAACCUGGCAUGACGGGCGCAGGCAGAAAACAGCAGGAGGCAGGAGGGUGAAGCUGCUGCAGCAGCCGGGGACGGAAGCCCUGCAGGUACAAAACACCUACAUGACCUCAACGAGUCAAAUUGCACACCUGAGCCAUGAACUGAUUUUGUUUGACACCAGGGUCUGCUUUUUCUCUGAGGUCAAGGAGACAUGUUUAUUUCAGCAUCAUGUUGUUUAGAAUAAAACUAAAAACAGUUACGGGGUGUCUUUGGCGUUCAUUCAGAUUUGCAUAUUUAUUUGGUCUUUAAACUCUGACGAUAUUGGUACUGGUCUAUUUUUAGUGAAAUGUCAAAGUGGGUGAGCUGAAUAUCAAUUUCUGGAGACCUUGAACUAAAAAUCCAACAGUAACUCCGGCAUGUAAAAGGCUGCAACCUUUACAUUGUCGUCUGUGUUCAAUGUUACCGAUUAUCGAGGUACUCCCUACAUUAUUUCAUUAUUUGGUUGCACUCAGUUUUAGCAUAACUGUGAUUCAGUCAUAGGUGUGAAGUUUAAAGCUGAGUGCAGAUGAUAAUCACAGCCACGUCAUGUUGUUGUUAUAUAACCACUUUAAAUUAUAUGAUAAUGCACAUUGCAUUCUAAUGCACCAGUUCAUCUUUGUGUUUCUGUCUUCUUCACUAAAUCAAACAUCUCCAUAAUUUAAAAGCCAUAAGAAAAAAAAAACAUGAUGUUAAUGUCCUGGUGCUGUUUUUCAGUGGAAUAAACAAAGUCACUGUGAGUUUAACUCAUCUGGGCAGGAGCCAUCAGCACAACUGGUUUCAUUUAAGGAGUCAGCUAACAAAAGCAGGGGUCUGACUCUCACUGACUUACCGGGUUUAAUUAUUGCAGGAACAGAGUUUUUCUUCAGGGAGGCUAACUUCCAGAGGGCUGAAAAAGUGAAGAACAGAACAGAGGUAUGGUCUCUAAAGGGACUCAGUGCUCUCUGUGGGGAAGGCUGUUCUCUAUCAACAUUUGUAUAAUGUACAGGGCUUUAGUACAGUGGCACCCAGGGCUCUGUCUCCAUAAGUAUGAAAGCAAAGGUUCAUUCUUCAAAGAGGAGAAUAAUGCACAACAGCUACAAUAUUUUUGUCAGAAAAGAAAGUAUAUUUCCUAACAAUUCAGAGAGUCACUCCACUUUAAAUGGCAAAAUCUGUAAUAAAAGAACUGAGAGGAACGUUGCAUUUAUGCUGGUAGUACUCUUUUUGGUAAAGAUUUUUCCCCCACUUUAUUGUUAUUCUCCUCAGAUAUCUUUGUUAGGAUGUGAAUCAGUUCAAAUGACACUUUCCCCCCACUAGUGGGUAUUGAUAAUAUAGAUGACUAUAUAGAAAGGAUGAAUUUUGUCAUUGAUGCUCCUGGUCGCUUUUAUAGAUCAUAAAUACACGUCAGUAUCAAUGCCAGAGAGUUUCAAAGCUAUGGAUCCUGUCUCAAAGUGAUGAAAAUAAUUCACAGUAUCUAUUUAAAAACCAUUGUUGUGAUUCGUAUAAAAUGUAAAGGGUUGCAUCAUAUAGAGGAAGAGCUCAUUACAGCACGGUGACUUUUGUGAGAAAGUUAUAUUAUUUUUCCUUUGCACACAUAAAACCAAUGUGAUAUAAUUAGAAAUGUGUCACUUAGAUGUAUGUAUGUUUCCUUACCAACCUGACUAUACAUACAGUGUAUUCUGUGCAUUCCUCUGGUUUUCAGUAACAGUCAUAUUUCUGUUCUGAAAAGUCUGAAAGGAAGAAAUCGUACUCUGGCAAAUGUGGCCGGUCUCUGUCCAUUGUUGGAAAUGGGCACUUUGUUAGUGGAGAAAAGAAGUUGCUCUCUCCCCAGCGGGUCUGUGGGCUCUAACAGCCUUUUAGCUAGGCUUUAAAUAGCACAGGUCCUCCAAUACUGCCGCCGUGCUGCAGCACCACAAUGUCUGUUGAUUCAGAACAUGAAAAGACAGAAUGUAGUUUGAUACUAAAUGUUUGAUACAAACGCAGUCUUUGGUCAUUUUUAUGCAGUAACAGUGUGCAAAGCUGUUUUUUAAGAUCUGUUUAUGUUUUUUGAUGCUCAUUUUGUGAUCUGAUACAGCUUUGUCUGCUUGCACAGCCAAUAGAGACAAUCCGUGUGUGCUGUAAACUGGCCUCAUUUAAAGCUCUUGGUAACUAGUCAGAAAGCCCGUCCCUUUGUCUUCACCCCGUGGAAGUCUCUUCUAAAAGUCGGUAAUGAGCUGAAGCUAAAGCUGCAAACAUAGAACUGGGCCGGGCUGAUAACAGAGUUGUAUACAGUGUGUUGUUUGCUUGCUUCAAUCCUCUUAGAUGAACAUAAUGUAGUGGUUGGUUUAUUUUUGUCCUUAGGAACAUGAAUCAGUGUUGUACUUUUGGAAGUUUUAAGGCAAAGGGACUUGUGAACUGUGUUUUUACUUCUUUCACACACCCGCAUUAUUGUCUUUUGAUUUCCUCUUUACUCUUGAACACCAUAAUCCCGUAUACCUCUUUGUUUCUCCCGUGCUGAUUCUUGUGGAAAGCAGGAAAAAAAGGUUGACAGUCAUUGUAGUGUCUGUAUAAUCAAUUAUAAUUAUCAGGGUAGACACAAAGCAGCACAAUUUAUUUAAAAACUGUUAAAAGCCAAUAAUUGUCAACUAAACAUAUUGAUCAUUUGUGCCCAUUUCAAGCAAGAUUGCAGCACUUUCUGAUUUUUUCAUUAUUUUUUGUCAUUUAAUGGCCGAAAGUCACUUUCUGGACAAAAUAGCGAGGGUACUGUAAUUGCUCAUUUCAGAACUUGUUACUCGCAGCUUAUUAAAAAAUUGUACGAUGGGUUUUCGGAAAAAAAGAAAAGCUGCACAACACAGUUAUGCGAAUUUUUUUAAAGAAGUUUGCACAUUAUUAAUGCAAUCAAAGCAUUAUAAUGAAAUAAACUUUACUUCUGCACAUUUUGAGAAGAACUGGUCCUUUGUGAGUUUCUGCAGAUGAGAGUUCAUGCAUUGAUAAAUGAGCCAGCUCCAGAAGUUAAAAUAUUCACACACUGACCCACUGGCUGUAAUGAGAGGUUUUGGCAGCACAAAUCACUAGACGAGAUAACACUCCUGUACCGAGGUGAAAAGUGCAAGUAGAAUAAAACAGGAAACUGGUGCACUUCAAGGGUUGAGUGGGAGAGUAGGAAGAAUUUAGAUAAAAGUAAAAAGAAAAAUAGAUGAUUGUGAAUUAGGAGUCAGUCUGAGGGCAGAAACAUGUUUUAAACUUUUUACUCUGAAUGUGGAAGAAUCGUAAGUCAAGUACUAGAAGAGCUGCUUUACUCUCUGAUAUAUGUAACCCCUUUCAUUGUCUUUAUUCUCUGUUAGACCUCAUUAUACAAUAUUAUACGAGGGCUUUGAUACUAACUGUGAGGUUAAACUGCUGCACUUCAGCUUUUUAAAGGAAGUCACGCCAUCUGGACUCAUGUUCAACUUACUCUUUGUUGAUUUUUGCACUAGAGGAAAAAUUUUUGUUUAAGUCUCUGACUUUAAGUUCACUAAAUGUACAGUACUGUGGCCAGCUGACACCAGGAUAACUAGCCUGUUGAACUAACUAACAAAGUAACUAUGAAUAUUUUUAAUAUUUUUGAGUGAGGUCAGUUAUUAAAAGAUGGAAACAACAGAAUUUCACUAAUUUUAUACAAGUUCUGAUUUAAAUAAUCCAGAACUUUGUCAGUGUUUUCAGCUGGAAUCUAUUUUACAGAAGUAUACUCUUAAAAACAUCACUUUGGGUCACAAUAAGGUUAUUUAAAGACAGAUUUUUGAUCUUGAAAAUGGUGAUUAAGUUGUAUGCAGACUGUCUUGAUAAACUGGUAUUAACCUCUUGUAACCAGCACAGGCACAUGGUGGGUGACCUAUAAGAGGUACCAAAAGCUGUUAAAUUUUCACUGUUUACUGUGUUUGCUUAUAUUUAGACUUGUCAGUUUAUAGGAAUAUAAAUUUUCCUUUAAACAACAAGGGAAUUAUUGCUUCCAAACAUCACUGCACUAAAUAUUUCAUCACAUCUCAUGACUGGUAUUAAUAUUUAGAUAUAAAGCUCAAAAAAUGUCAUGUAUUUAACAUAAAUAUUGCGGCCCAUUUCAACAGGAACUCUAUUCAAACUCUCAAAUACUCUACAUUUAUUAAAGUUACAUGUUGUUUUCAGCCAGCACAGAUUUCGCCUCACUAAGUUUUGGAUGUCGUCCAGCUUUUUUACUUAUUCGCAGAAACUCUCCUAGAUCUGAGAAAAUCUUGGAAACGCUGAACCUGCUGAAUUUUUAAAACCGUACGACAGAUCAAAGACCUGGCUGGGUUGGUCUCCCAUAAUUUUACAUCCUGUAAGAUUAAAGAGCCGGAUUGCAUGAUCACACUGGCUCUCAUGCUCCUCUGACUGUGCUGAUUUUACACUCAGCAUCGCAUCAGUGCUGAGUGUUCAAUCUACAUGUAAAAACGGUCACUCUGAUCACAGGUGUAGUUCAGGAAGUUCAAAACCUGCUCUCGCUCCUAUAGAGAGAGCUCUCCGUGUAUAGAUCCAUCAGUGUGCAUCUCUGCCUCAUGGUGGUCCAAAAAGGUCACUUUAUGGGAUUUAUGGUUGCUAUGUGACUAAGAGGCAGCAUGAUAGGCAGUAACAAAUAGAUGUGUGUUGAUGCCACGGUGGCUUUUAAAUUUAAGUUCAACAGUAAGGAAAAAGAUUGAGGAGUACUAGGAGGUUAUGAAACACCUUGAAAGAAAUAGUCGUAUAGUUUUGUGGGGGAAAAAUGUCUAUUUGCUUUGCAUAAUAAGUGAAUUUUACAGGUCAUUCAUAUUGUUAUCUUACUUGUUGCCCUUUCGUUUGAGUAAAGAUAUAAAAGUCCAAAAUUAAUCUCAGGAAAAAAAGGUAAAAAAAAGACCUCUUUAUUCUGCCAUGUCUGAGUCAACUAUUGCAAGAGGCAGCUUGAUGUAAUGUUACAGACAGUGUGUGUCUAUCAAACAGGAAAAGCACAGACUCUAUCAUCCUUGCACUCAUCACAGCAUUACACAACUAAUAACACAAAAUCGAGGGGUCGCAGAACAAAGGUCCUGACAUCUGCCAAUCAAACAGCAGGACACCAGUGUGCCCAGCUACAAUCGGCCUUAUGUGUACUCCCACACAAAAAACAUUUUUUAGAUAUAGAUUAAAAAAAGAUAAUGAAGCAAUUAGUUUUACUGGUGAUCAUAGGCUAAUUAUGUUAACUUUGGACAGUCAAGUCUUUCUUUCUAGAGUCUUUGUGCUGAACUGACUGACAGACAGCUGCCUCUUCACAUUUGUCACUGUGGGAGUUUUCAGUCUUUUCAUUCCUUUUCACAAAAUGUAAGACAGUACAUUUGAGUCAUGUCCUCUCUAUUAAUCUGUACUUUUUUGUGUUUGUGUGUCUGCAGUACCGUUCCACUGACAAUUAUGGAAUUUAUCACACAAGCCCGACUCAGCCCAGCCUGAUACGACCUGUCGUGCUCUGGUCACAACAAGAUGUUUGUAAAUGGCUGAAGAAACACUGUCCGCACAACUACUUAACCUACGUGGAGGCGUUUUCCCACCACGCCAUCACAGGUCAGUCUUCUUAUGUCAUCACAAGACAUAAAUAUGGUAACACGAUUAAAACGUAUCAGAUUUUUGAGACUUUUGCUUUGACUCUGCAGGCCGCGCAUUGUUGCGUCUGAACGGAGAGAAGCUGCAGAGGAUGGGACUUGUGCAAGAGACACUUAGGCAGGAGCUGCUGCAACAGGUGCUACAGCUGCAGGUGCAGGAGGAGGGACGCAACCUGCAGCUUCUCAGCAGAGGAGAGGGUGUGAUUUUUUUUAAUACUUAAAUCUCAAACUUUGGAAAUAAAGGCUUCUUUCCUUUUGGCAGAGUUGGAUACAAAGACAGUCACUCUUUCAUAUUUUUAUUACAUGUAAAGCUUCAGCCUGGAGUAAAAAAGCAUCAAGACAACUUUUAGCCUGACUGAUAUGUCAUGGUGGAGCCAGAGUCUGCACUGUAGUGAAAGGCUACAGCAUUAUUAUUCCAGCCCUUUCACAAACCAAAACACUUAAUUUUCUGAUAAAACAGCAAAUACCCUUUUGCUUUGCACAGUCUAACAGAUUUUUUGGGUUGAUUUGAAGCAGAUGCUCACAGUAAUGGAAAAUUUAAUGACUCCUGUGUUAGUUUCCAUUAUGUUUCUUUUUAUUCUUAUUAACUUAGGUAAUCUUGUGCACACAGCACCACAGGAGCUGCACUUAUAACAGAGCUGUCAAUCAUAAUGUUCUAGUCCUAUUUAUGGAAGACUACUAAUUAUUUAUUCAAGCUAAAUGUGUGCUUGAACAUAAAACAGAAUGAUCAAAAAUUAUUUUAAUGUCAAACUGUGCUUGUGAAAAACUUAUUUGAAGUGUAUUUUUAAAUUUAUAGUUUGGCCUGUAUGUUGGCCUCACUUAUGAGAAUCAUUUUACAUAUUGUCCAUCUUUUUCUACUGUCUUAGUUGGCUGAAUAUCACAUAGGAGGACAACAGUGGUAUUGGUCUUUUAUUUCCCCUCACCCUGAAAACAUUUAAGAUUCAAGGUUCGUUUAUCUAUCAUGUGCGUGUUAAACAAGGUCAACAAUGCGAUGAAGUGCCCUGGAUGAGAGGACCGCUCGACUCAAAGGAGCACAGAUAAAACACACAAUAAGCACAGAGAGAAAUACAAUAAAAUAAGGAUACAAAACAUAUCAAAGAUGAAAUAUUUACAAAGUGUACAAGCGAUGCAGUAGGUGCUGAGUGUAUGAAAUGGAGGAUAAGUCUGUGAGGUAUGAAAAUUGCUAUAUUGUACAUGAUAAAUAUGAACACCUAAAUGACAAACUUCUAAUAGAAGUAUAAUCAUUUUAUCUUCUACAGGCUCAUUUGGAAAGAUAUCGUAGCAAGGUUGCUGGAAGAAGUGGAUGUUAUGGUGGAUAUUUGUGGAUAUUUACUCCAGUCUACGUCAAAAUGCGACACAGAUGCCUGGGAUGAAACGUCCUGCGAGCAGCGAUAUCCAGACUGAUGUUGUGAUGUGGAGGAUGGCAGCUUUUCAUUCCUCAUCUGCACGGUGAACAGAAACAAUCAUUAAGGACUGAACAUGAACUGUGAUGAAGAAGCUCCAUGACAAUCUGUUUUUUGUUUUUGUUUUUAUCUCCAUUCUGUAUUAAAUUAUCAUGAACUGUUUCUUUCUUUUUUGUCUCUACCUCUGUUUCUUUCUGUGAAACUUUUUUAAUGUCAGAAAACAGAACAAAUAAUAAAAAAAAAAAACUUA